UUCUGAGGGCUUCGACAAAUGCAUCCACCAUUACAGUAUCAUACACAUAGUAGCUUCACUGCCCCAAAAAUCCUCUGUGCUCCAGCAAGGCUAGAUUUUUAAGGGCGAAAAGAGAGGGAAAGAAAUAAGUGUGCAUCGCAGAGGCUCGACCCAUCUCCCGAGCCGAGUUUGUUCCGAAGUUCAGCAGCUCUGCUGUCCCAUCUCUCCCAGUGCGGCCCCCGUCAGGUUCCUCCUCUUUUUGUUUAAGUGUCAAACAAAUGGGUUUCCUGUUGACAGUAGAAUAUCGUGAAAGGGCAGGAAGAGGCCAGGCCACCUCCUCUUUGUCCUCUUCCUAUCCCUUUUAUUUAUUUUGCACACGUUUGUUUGGGUCCAGCGGGUGUUUCCAGCGUGUGUGGUUGUGGGGCGGCCUUAGGGUCCGGUAACCCCUCCCCGAGGAGGCGAGGCAGGGCCUGAACCCGCCCGAUCCGCGGUGGAGCUCUGCGGGGCGGGGAAGGGAAAGAGGAAAGGGGAAGAGAGCCGGAGUGGGAGUGGGAAAGGCCGGGGAUUUAGAGGCCGCCGGGCCGCCACAAAGAGGCGGGGAAUCGGCUCGGCCAGCGCCCGGCCGCUGCCCCGCCGGCUGCAGGUGGAGUUCGCGGAGGUGGCCAUUUCCGCAGCUGCCACCGACGCCUCCUCUGCGGGAGCCGCCUUCCCCCCGGCCCGAAGGUGGUGACCCGGGGCGCCGGGACCUGAGUUCUGGGGCGCCGGGGCCGCAGCUCGCCGGCUAUCCAGCGGCUGCGCCCCGCGCCUCGCCCAUGGCUGAAGGCCGACGGCGGGAGGACGAGGAGGAAGAGCUGCGCGAGCGCCGCGAGCUUGGUGGCCAACGCCGCGCCCGGGGCCGUGCGCUCUCGGGCCACUCGGCCGCAGAUCGCAACGAACGAAAUAAACCAGAACAUCGUUCUUCAAGCCAAGGACCCUUGUCAUCCAUUAGAGCAGUAAUCAAGAGAUCACUCAUGAAUAGUGCACAGCAAAAAUGCCCCGUGGAAGAGUUUAUUCCUUCUUCAACAGCUUCUCGGACUUCUAUUCAGAGUGAACUUCAUCGAGAUAGAAGGCGCCCAGAGAUCACCAUUGUGGCAGCUGAGCCGCUGAGGCCAGCCUCGUGGUUUCCGGGAACCCCACACCCAGGACUGGGAUUUCCUGCAUCAUCUGCAGCAGGCCCUUGGAGGCCUAAUGAGCUGUUUCCUGCUGAGCUCCCACCAUCUUAUGAACAAGUUAUAAAAGAAAUCAACCAAGUUCAAGUUAAUACUACAAAUAAUAAUAAUGCUGCUGCCACUCCAAGGCACACUAUUACUUCUGCAACUCAGACUGACUUUUCAGAAGAAAUAGACAAUGAUCUGCCUCAAACACUACAGGCACCUCUCAAGCCUCUUCAGCCUUUCCCAGCAGUCUCAUCUGGCAAUCUUCCAACAAAUGUGGCACCGUUAAUAGUCUUUGAUAUUUCUGAAGAACAGAAUUGUCCAGAAAACCCCAGUGCUACAACAUGUCCAGUGCCAAAACCAAGAUCAAAAAGCAAUCUCAGACCAAUUGCCAGAGAUUCUUACAUUAAAGAGCAAAGUCACCAGAAAAUCAGCCCAGCAGCCAUAGGAGAGGAGUCAUCCCCAGGCUGGCCCCAGUCUGUGCUGCACAACACUAGCACCUCAGACAGUCAGGCAGUAAUGAACAUUAUGAACACGGAACAAAGCCAAAAUAGUAUUGUUUCCAAAAUCAAAGUGUUUGAGGAUCAGACAACUAUAGAAACCUCAGGACUGCCCAAGAAACCAGAAAUUACUCCACGUUCACUUCCUCCAAAGCCUGCUGUUUCCUCAGGGAAACCUUCUGUGGCUCCCAAACCAGCUGCUAACAGAGCUUCCGGAGAGUGGGACUCUGGGACUGAGAACAGACUCAAGGUGACCUCCAAGGAAGGGCUCACCCAGUACCCUCCCCUGCAAGAAUAUGGAAGCAUCCCAGUAACCAAACCUGAAUUGCCAAAGAAACCAAACCCUGGCCUUAUACGAAGUGUUAAUCCUGAGAUUCUGGGAAGAGGGCCCCUAGCUGAGAGCUCUGAUAGUGGGAAGAAAGUGCCAACUCCUGCCCCGCGGCCUUUGCUACUGAAGAAAUCUGUUUCCUCAGAAAACCCCACCUACCCUGCAGCUCCAUUGAAACCUGUCACUGUUCCUCCCCGACUCUCAGGGGCAUCACAAGCCAAAGCAUACAAGUCCCUGGGAGAAGGGCCCCUGGCCAACCCCUCAGUUCCAGUUCUACAGAGCAAGCCCUUGGGGGAUAUUGAUCUCAUCAGCUUUGAUGAUGAUGUUCAGCCCACCCCAUCGGGGAACCUGGCUGAAGAAUCUGUUGGUUCAGAGACGGUUCUAGAUCCCUUUCAGCUCCCUGCAAAAACAGAACCAAUAAAAGAACGAGCAGUUCAACCAGCACCCACCAGGAAGCCCACUGUAAUUCGAAUUCCAGCCAAACCAGGAAAAUGUUUACAUGAGAAUCCACAAAGCCCACCUCCUCUCCCUGCUGAAAAACCUAUUGGAAACACUUUCAGUACAGUAUCUGGAAAACUCAGUAAUGUUGACAGAACUAGAAACUCGGACUCCAACCACACAGGUCAAACAGGAGGUUUUGUGCGAGGACCGAGGUUGCCACUGAGACCUGGGAAUGGAAAAGCCAUUCCAACUCAACAGCCUCCAACCAAGGCGCCCCCUGAGAGACCACCUCCCCCAAAGCUGUCUGCAGCCAGAACUUCUAAUAAGAAACUGCCUUUUAAUCGAUCCUGUUCCGACAUGGAUCUUCAGAAAAAACAAAGUAACUUGGCAACUGGACUCUCAAAAGCCAAAAGUCAGGUUUUUAAAAAUCAAGAUCCGGUGCUACCCCCUCGCCCCAAACCAGGACACCCUCUCUACAGUAAAUACAUGCUGUCUGUGCCUCAUGGAAUUGCCAGUGAAGACAUUGUCUCGCAAAACCCUGGAGAACUCUCUUGUAAGCGUGGGGAUGUACUUGUGAUGCUGAAGCACACGGAAAAUAAUUACAUGGAGUGCCAAAAGGGAGAAGACACUGGCAGAGUUCACCUGUCUCAGAUGAAGAUUAUCACUCCACUUGAUGAACAUCUUAGAAACAGACCAAACGAUCCAAGCCAUGCUCAGAAGCCUGUUGACAGUGGUGCUCCUCAUGCUGUCGUUCUUCAUGAUUUCCCAGCAGAGGAAGUUGAUGAUUUGAACCUCACUUCUGGAGAAAUUGUUUAUCUUCUGGAGAAGAUAGAUACAGACUGGUACAGAGGGAACUGCAGAAACCAGACUGGCAUAUUUCCUGCCAACUAUGUCAAAGUCAUUAUUGAUAUUCCAGAAGGAGGAAAUGGAAAAAGAGAACUUGUUUCAUCUCAUUGUGUUAAAGGCUUAAGAUGUGUUGCUCGGUUUGAAUAUAUUGGAGAGCAGAAGGAUGAGUUGAGUUUCUCAGAGGGAGAAAUUAUUAUUCUUAAAGAGUAUGUGAAUGAGGAAUGGGCGAGAGGAGAAGUUCAAGGCAGAACUGGGAUUUUCCCCCUGAACUUUGUGGAGCCUGUUGAGGAUUAUCUCACCUCUGGUGCAAAUGUUUUAAGCACAAAGGUACCACCAAAAACCAAAAAAGAAGAUGCUGGCUCAAACUCUCAGGUUAGCAGUCUUUCUGCAGAAUGGUGUGAAGCUCUUCACAGUUUUACAGCAGAGACCAGUGAUGACUUAUCCUUCAAGAGGGGAGACCGGAUCCAGAUUCUGGAACGUGUGGAUUCUGACUGGUGCAGGGGCAGACUGCAAGACAGGGAGGGGAUCUUCCCAACAGUGUUUGUGAGGCCCUGCCCAGCUGAGGCAAAAAGUACAUCGGCCAUCAUACUGAAGGGAAGGAAGGCCAAAGCCUUAUAUGAUUUCCGAGGAGAAAAUGAAGAUGAGCUUUCCUUCAAGGCUGGAGAUAUAAUAACAGAGCUGGAAUCUGUAGAUGAUGACUGGAUGAGUGGAGAACUAAUGGGAAAAUCUGGAAUAUUUCCCAAAAAUUACGUACAGUUUCUACAAGUUAGCUAGAGGAGAAGCUUGAUUGUGUUCCUUGGCACAAGAACUCACUUGAAGUAUCACCUUGACUAUCAGAUAUGUUUUUGCACUAUUUUUUAACUGAAAAAGAAAUAGCUAAGCUGUACUUAGUACACUAGAAUUUUCUGAAAGCAGAAAACUUCUAGAUUUUGUAGUUAGUUUUCAUUACAGUGAAACAUGCACAUAGAAACCCAUGAGCUAGGAUUCUACCGAGGAAAACAUCUAGCGGGAUUAGCAAGGCAAAGGGAAAGCUUCUGGUGGCAUGGCAGCAUGGGGAGGCUCACACGCAGAAAUUGCACGUGGACAUCCAUUUUAUUCAGCACAAGUGAAUUAACCAUGCUUCUUCAUUUUUUUUACUUUAGUUUAAAAAGAGGACAUUUGAUAUUCUACAUGCUGUAACAGUACAUGAUUAGUAAUCUAAAUUUCAUUUUUGAUAUUUGAAUUAAUUCUUACGGCUUGAGCAUAUCAGCCUUAUUACCAGAGCAAACCUUUUUUUCAGGCAGGAUAGUUUACUGACUAAUUGGAGCAUUUGUAAGCACAUUGCAAAAUCAACUGGUGCCCACCAAACAAUUCUUAUGUUACCAAGUGAUCCCAUUUGUCCAAGAAUUUGAAGGGGGUCGAAAUUGGAUGUAUCUUACUUAGUCUAAAGAAUCACAACCACCCCUGAAAUGCCUUGCUAAUACAACUAAUCCUUCCAUAUACGUGCUAUACUUAUUUCUUUCCUCAGUGUAUACUUUAUGUUAACAAGGUUAUUACAAAGCACGUUUUCUGAAACUGCAAUCAUUCCUUUGACAAUUACUGGAUCCAAAGGAAAAUUCAUUUUCUUUGCAUUAUUCCAGUAAUACAUAAAAACUGUGUCUUGUUAUCAUAGUACAUUCUGAAUCACAUAUAAAAUCUUAGAAUACAGAACAACUGUUCAGAUGGAAAGUAGUGCCAAACCUCCACAGCUCAUUUCUUUGUAAUAUAAUCAGAAUGAAAAAUAAUUUAAGAGGACAGAAGACUGGUACUUUUUUUGUUUUAUUUUUUCCCUAGCUCAUCCCUGCACAAUUAUUAGAGUAAAUGAAAAACCACUUUCCUGCUUUCCAUUCUUAUAAAUUCUAAGCUUAAGAUAAAAAAGUGGCUCUUUACAUUACUGAAUCAAUUACAGUUUGGCUAGAGCCAAAUAGGUUGAAGACAAUCUUCCAAACAGAUCAGUGGAAUGGAAUUUCAUUGGAAAUGUAAAACACUUUCCCAACAAUGUUCAUGACUUUCUUCUAUUUUUGAGAAGAGUUUCAUAUGCUGGACCACAUUUUAGCUUUUAUUGCGUUUUUUCCCAUUGUCCAAAAAGUUAGGCAACCAAUGGCUACACUUUUACACGAAUACCACCUGCAAGUUGGAGUUAUGCAAGGAAGGUAAUAUUUAGUUUGUCUUUGACUAAAGUUCUCUCCCCAUUCUAUGGUUACAUAUUAUUUUGGACUAUGGAGACUUACAACAUGUUUUGAUAAAGAAGAGAGUAUAAAGAAAAUUCUUGUCAAAUUUCACUCAAAAGUAAUUUCAUGAGAAGUCAGUGAUUUAAAGCAUUAUCCAAAUUCUUAUUUGAAGCAAACUGUACAAUAGCAGGAAGGGUAUGGAAUGGGACAUGAGGUAUAUAUCUUUGCCUUUGUAACUUUAACAUCUUAUAUUGAAGAUUUUGAAAGCCUAUCUUUAUUAGAGGAAAAUCUCCAUCUUUAAUUUUGGCCUUCUGUCAUCAGAUGAUAAGUGCAAUAGUUUUAAAUCUACUUGACACUAUAAUAAACUGAACUGAACUUUCAAA